AUGCUUCCCAUCCUCUCCUUGUGCUCUCUUAUUUCACUCUCCACCUUCGUCCUCUCCUGCCCUGGCCAUAUCGGACACGGCCAUGCAAAUAUCCAGACGGCUUCCCCACCCCGCAAACUCGCCCUCACAGAUGUACGCAUCUUCAACGGCCACGGUCUCAGCGCCCCAACCACCAUUGUCAUCUCCGGCUCCCACAUUACCGACAACAUCAAAGAUGCAGAACACUUUAACGCGAGCGGCCACGUUCUCCUACCCGGUCUUAUAGACUCGCAUGUCCAUCCCACAAAUAUCACACACCUGCAACAGUUGGCUCGCUGGGGGGUCACGACGGGUAUGACAAUGGCGUGUUUCUCUGCCGCACAGUGCGCGAGUUUACAGAAUCACACGGGAUUGACAAACGUGUUUCGCAGUUCUGCACCCGCAGCCGCACCGGGGAGUGCGCAUGGGAACCUGACGUCGUUCGUGGACCAUACCGGCGUGCUGCUUGUGCAUAAUUCUAGUGAUGCUGUGCGUUGGACCCAGUUGCAGAUGCAGAGUCGUCCGGACUAUAUCAAGCUUAUUGCUGAAGCGCCCGGGCUUUCGCAGGAUACGCUGAACGCGUUAGUCAUUGAGUCUCAUAGUUUCGGUAAGAAAGUCGUCUGCCAUGCCGCGACUUUCUCGGCGUAUAGUCAAGCGGUCACAGCGGGCGUUGAUCAGAUCCAUCAUUCGCCCUUGGACAAGCCGAUUACCUGCACCAUCGCCGAGGAGAUCAAGAAGAACGGAAGGGCUGUCGUGCCCACUUUGGCGAUCAUGAAGGCGAUUGCGGAUACUCAAUCUUCGACAUCUUCGUUUAACGCGUCGUUAGCGACGGCCGCGGAGUUGCGGAGGAAGAGGGUUCCGAUUCUAGCCGGCACCGAUGCGAAUUUGCAGCCGGGGAUUGUUGCGACAGUGCCGUUUGGAACUAGUCUUCAUGAGGAGUUGGAAUUGUUGGUGGAGGCGGGAUUGAGUAGUGUCGAGGCGUUGAGAGCGGCGACUGUGGAGCCUGCAAGGGUCUGGGGAUUAGAGGAUAGAGGGGUUGUUAAGGUGGGGAUGAGGGCGGAUCUAGUGUUAGUAAAGGGUGAUCCUGUGAGGGACGUGAGGGAGAGUCGGAAUGUGAAGAAGGUGUGGAUUGGAGGCGUGGAGGUUGAGGGGGUCGGAGCCUGA